AACAAAACUUUGAUGUUUUUAAUCAAAGAAAAGAAUGUUCCCCCUUAGUUGUAGUGAACGAUCCCUCUUUAUGUUGAGGUGGCUUUGACUGCAGUAAAAAGGUCCGGGAAACGACGGAACGAUGACGGAAGGACGAGUGGAAGAUGGAAUGACAAACGUCCCUCUCUCUUCAGACGAUAGUGAAGGUGAGGUACCAGGAGGAGUGUGGAAGCAGGGAUCUACGGAUGCUGUAGGGACCAGUACAGGCACCAACAGCACCACCAGUCUAUGUGAUGAAACAUCUGAUGAGGCUGAGGAGAAAGCACGGCUCAUCUGCCAAGUGUUGGAGCUACAGAAUACACUGGAUGACCUGUCUCAGAGAGUGGAUGCUGUUAAGGAGGAGAACCUGAAGCUUAAGUCGGAGAACCAGGUCCUGGGGCAGUACAUCGAGAACCUCAUGUCAGCUUCCUCUGUCUUCCAGACAACGUCCCCCAAGAGCAAGAAAAAGUCUUCUGGUAAGGGUUCUAAGAAGGGAGAGAAGUGACUCUCUACACAACCAUCACUGAAAUCAACAUUUCCGGUAUUCAUAGCAUGUCUCAAACAAACAUUCAUUCCACAUUGGUGUUGUGUUCACUGUUGUAUAAUAGAGAAAAUGUAACUUAAUUAUGUGAAUUGUAUGUGCAAGAAGAUACUUAACAAACAGAUGGAUUGCUUUUUAUUGAUGUAAUUUUAAUGAUAAUUCACAAUGGACAUACACCAAGUAAUGAUUGGAGAGCCUUGUCAACUUUGUUAUAUUAUGAGUCUUUUGAGCAUAUCAUUAGAAGCAUGGUGCUUUUUUGAGGUACAUGGGAAUUGACAAUGAUGUAUGUAUAUUUAUUUUAAAUACAUUUGUACAUUGAGGCAUUGCCAGUAUGUUUUCUUGUCUCUUUUGCUCUUGUGCUUUUAUAGUAUCCAACAUUUGAAAAGUGUCUGCAAAGUUACGACCAAAUGCUCUGACUGCACAUUAUGAACAUGAUGUAAUCGAAGUUAAUGUUGUUAAAGGUUAUACACAUAUUGAAAUUAGACAAAACGUACAGAAGCUUGUAUAGAUAGGCUGCGUGACAUAUUUCACUGCAGAAUUUCAAAACAAAGAGUUACUUUUUUCCUUCCACCUCAAGAAAUCAUAUUGGUGUUGGCUACCAUUAUAAUUGCUUCUAUGAAUUAUUGUAUUAUAUGUAUUAUGGUGUAACUUUAAUGGUGCUGUUUCUUUUUACUGUGCAAUGUGGUAUCUAUCGGUGCCACUUGGCACUGGCAGCUUGUAUUAUACUAUACUAGUAUUGUUUCAAAGAAAUGUUUAUGUGUAAAAAGAAUAACAGGAAUAUUUUCAUUAUACUAGUAGUGUAAUAAUUUAGCAUAUUGUGAUCACUAGGGACUUCUAGGUUAUCACACUGUUUAUUGACUUUGUUACAAGAUUCUUUUCAUUCUUUCUUUGUUGUUUUUUUGUUUAUUUUGAUAAGGAAUAGUUUUUUUUUGUUUUUAAUUUCCAGUCAAAUUGUACUUUGGCAUAUGCAUUGUGUAGUCUACAUGUAGUUGAUGAAGGCCACAAAAGCAGGUAUGUAGAAUGUAAAAGCUGUUAGUAGAAGAAGUAGAUGAAUCAAGGUCCAGAUGUUCUGGCAUUAUUGUGGGAUUGGUCAUCUUUAUUGUUCAGCAAAUACAGGCUACAACAAAAUU